AUGGUAUCCCAAAUUCAAAUUAAAAGCAAUUCUUUGCAGAGACUGUUGAAAGACAAAAGAUUAUACAAGGAAGAGCUAAAAGAACAUGAAAGCACGAUUGAGACUUUUCAGGAAAAACUGAGAUUGGAUGAAAGCAAUGAAGAACUGCAAUAUUCUCUUAAAAACGCGAUUCGGAUCAAAGAAGAAACCGAGAGACUGAUCCCCAAUGUUAGCAGCAAAAUCAGAGAAGUUCUCACCGACCUCAAAGAUUACUUAUCGUCCCAUUCAAAUGAGACCUCAGAUACGAUUAAAAAGCUGAUACUUGAGGCUGACAAAGAAUCAAAAACUUGA